ACAUGUUUCCUCCCGUUUUGCUAACGGUACAUUUCAUCACAAUUUCGCAGUUUUCCGCUGGCUAACGCCCUUCGGUGCGACCCUCGCCCGCACACCGUGGCGAUUACGGCCUAGCUGGGGACGCGACCCUCUCUUUGCCCAAUAUCUCUCAUCGUCGUUCUUCCGUUUUCGUGUAGUUAGCUUUGUUAGAACUCCUGAUUUGACAAGAACGUCCCCGAUUCCGCUGCGUUCACUUCGCCUUCCCGGCGAGAGGCGAAAUACGUCUCUGUGGGGUAUGCGGCAGUCUGCGUUGCUAGGUCGGAGCGUGAUAAAUGAAAGCGAUUAGACCUUCCAUGUAUUUUCUCUCGGGCACUUUCUCGUCCCGGGUCUUUUUUCAGUUCCUGGCUGCCACUUACCGUGAAGAGUCGAUGGUCGUGUUGGGGGAACAUUGUCCGUUCUCUUACUCCGACCCAUACCCCUUCCCUCCUGCAGAGUUUAUGCCAUUUUUCCUUCCAAUCGAUGCACAAGUGCUACCAAAGUGACUCUCAUGAUAUCUGUACAGCCUGAGAGAGUUGCCGACCCAUCCUCGAAUCCUUCUCCGGUGGUCGCGAGACUUUUUUAGGUCACUCCCUGUUCCUUACAUCUACCUCUGCAGCCAAGUCUCUCAGACCUCAGCAGAGUCUUGGCGAGAGCACAAAUUGUUUUCCUCUUCCUCUUCUCCCUUGCUUUGGUCCCCUGCACUCGUUCUGUUUCCCUUUCAUCGGCAUAAAACGAACCUCUGUCCGUGUCGCGGAGGCGGAAACGCUUUCGUCUGCAUCGUGGGCAGGCAGUGUGGUUACCCUCUGUAGUGGUCUUCUCACUCUCUCCUGCUGUUUCUUUCCGUUUCUUCACUUGCUCCCGAGUUACGUGUCUCCCUUUCUUUCGCACUUCCCUUCCUCGGCGUCGUGGUCUCCAGCUCUCUCUGUCUCUCCUGUGGAGUUCCCGUUUCCCCUGUGUUCCUUCUGCCGCAUUCGCCUCCCUGCGGCCGCGCUCGGUGUGCCUUCCUUUACCGGUCUGUUUUUCGCGAGACCUGCGCAGCGUGUUUUGCCUCGCAUCCGGGUCUCUCCACGCCCGCGGGCGCGUCUAGUUCCUUUCUUUUUCCCCUUCUCGCUGCCAAGAUGAAGCUGGAUCCGGAGGUGCUGCGUUACAUGACGAAGGAGGAGUUUCGCAUCCUGACGGCGGUCGAGAUGGGUCACAAGAACCACGAGUUCGUCCCCUUUCCUCUCGUCGAGUCGAUUGCGGCCUUGAAGCGGCACUCGAUUCGCGACGUGAUCUCGACGCUGUGCAAGAACAAGUUGCUCUAUCGCUCGAACCAAAAGUACGAAGGCUUCAAGCUCACCUACCUCGGCUACGAUUUUCUCGCUCUGCAUGCACUCGUGAAACGAGGUGCCAUCACUGGAGUUGGAGGACGCAUGGGCGUCGGAAAAGAAAGUGAUAUUCACCUUUGUCGAAACGCAGAUGGCCGCGUUUUCGUUCUCAAGCUUCAUCGCCUGGGACGGAUUUCCUUCCGGUCGAUCAAGAGAAAUAGAGAUUAUCUCCAGCACCGGCAACACGCAAGUUGGCUGUAUCUCGCACGACUCGCGGCGUUGAAAGAAUUCUCUUACUUGAAGACCCUGCAUGCACACAAAUUUCCUGUACCGGAGCCAGUCGAUGUGAAUCGACAUGCCGUGCUCAUGGAGCACAUCGAUGCCAUUCCCUUUCGAGAGGUCCGGGAGCUUGCAAAUCCCCUCAGUGUGCUGGAGAAGCUGAUGCGGCUCAUCGUGCGCCUCCUAAAGGCUGGUCUCAUCCACGGAGACUUCAACGAAUUCAACUUGCUGAUUGAUGACGCAGAGCAUGUUACUGUUAUCGAUCUGCCACAGGUGGUGUCUAUACACCACCCGAAUGCGCGGCUUUACUUUGAACGCGACGUGGAAUGCGUCAGAAGACUCUUUGAGAGAAAAUUCUCGAUCAAGGUCACCUGCGCCCCGAGUUUUGAUGAUGUGCUUCACGACGUUGCCCAAGCGGCGAAAGCUGCGAAGGCAGGUGGAGAGGCCCUUGAGGCCGAGACAGUUUCUCUCGGAGAUGUUUUAAAGAAAGACGAACUUCGCGCGCUCGACGACGCCCUCGAGAUGAUGCGACAGCAGCGAGAUGAACAGCAAAGUGGAGAAGACGAAGAAGAGGGGGACGCAGAGGAGGACGAGGGGGAAGAAGAAGAAGGCGAGGAGGAAGAAGAGGAAGGAAAAAGUGGAGCAUCUGAUGAGGAAGGGGAACUCAAGCACGAAGGCGAAUGCCGCGUGUGUCGGAAAAAGGACACACACAACAGGCUGUCGAGUGACGAAUCAGGAGCUGAAGACGAAAGUGAAGAGGAAAGUGGAUCUGAAACUGAGAGAAGGACGAGAAGAUCGAGAGUCGAGCGACGAAGGCCGGGAGGUCGAAGCAGCGGCACAUCCUCAGGUAGGGUCACCACGAGUGUCUCUUCUCUUUUAUUUGAAGCAGAGGAACGUUGUCCUAGCUCACCAGUCGAACAGAGCUGGAUACACCAACGUCAAGUUUUAGGAUCGUUCAUUCCUUACAUUCCGACAUGGAAGCGGUUUUUUGUUGUUUGUUACAAGGAUGUCAACAUGGAAACUAAAAAUAGCUUUUUAUUUUUAUUUAAUUAGCUGGGUUUGUACAUGGAAACAAAGUUCAGUCGUUUGAUUCUACUUUUAGUUCAUUUGACGUAAACGCUCAAAUGUAUUUUAUACUUUCAUCACAUUUUUCUGGAUCGUUGCUGCGUCCCGGGUGGCCAUCGCGAAUUCCAUGUCUUUCGGCCGCCUUUCGUCUUAUUCACUGUGGUGGUUUUGUGACCUUGAGAGGAAAGAAAACUCCACAGAGAGGCUAUGCUGCGGCUAGCUUCCAUGAGGAGACAGAAACGUCUUGCUGGCCAUUUCUUCACCGAAUCCAAGAGAUGUACACCUGGGAACCGAGAAGGAAAUAUGUGAUUGCAAAUGGGUGUUUGAUUUAUGCAUCGCUAUCCAUUGUUGAACAAGCAACAGACUGUCUACGAGCUUGCUGCGUCACAUUUCGAUUCAAAGUCUCUUCGUCCAAGUCGAUUUCAUGUCAAACCUAAAAAUUCGCAUGUUUGAUUGGCAUUGAGCCGCUUACAAAACACCUUUAUUCGUUAGACGCAUCCAUUCAAAUGGGUGAAGAAGUGCUUUCGGUGAUCGAUGCGCAGACGGACACAAAUCGUGUGUGUGUGUGUGUAUGUGAACCUCGCUCUUUGCUCCAACGUCUGCGGAGAGAGCUGUGUGUCCACUUCUCGGGUGCAUACAGGGUUUUGUCCUGCCGCUUUCGUAUCGGCGGUCGCUCCCGUCUUUUGUGUGUUUUCUUUGUCCGAUUCUCCCAUUGCAUGUCGCGGAGGUAUCCGCGCGGCUUCUUGGUCUCUUCGUCUCUUUCAGCUGAAAACGAAACAGAGUCUGAGAGUGAACAGAGUGAGGCUGCAGGCGAACGGAGUUCUGAGGAAGAGGAAGAGCCUCAGCAGAUUCCCUGUUACCGGCCUAAACUUCGAAGACACGAUCCCGCGACGGUUCGCAAGCGCGUGCACCAGAGCAGGAAGAAGAAGGCAAGGCAAAUGAGGAAUGCAGGACGGAACAAGAAUCCAGAACGGAUGAAAGCAAAGAUGGAAGUGAAGAGUUACUGCUAACGCGGUGUCAAGCUGUGCAUGUGCACCGAAGCGUCGAGCCCCUCCCCCUCCCGAAUCUUUCCACUCUUCGGUGCAGCGCCGUGACGACUGUGUGGACGUUCUCUAAGCAGGUGUGUGUGACUUCGGCAUCUCAAAACAGAAACAGUUCAUCGAAGUGUAAUAACGCUACACCGCCGCGCUGCUUUUCAAAGCUUUGGUCAGUGGUACUUUUUUUGAACACCCGAGACUGCCCUUUGUCUAGCGACGGACGAACACCAACCCGAAAGCUGCCCGAAAUGCACUGAACACUUCUGCAGAGAAAGGGUGGUUGAACGAGUGUCGGAAGGACAUGUGUGUCGUUGAAGAAUUGAUGAUCGG